AUGAGCGAUAAUUGUGAAGGAGAUAGAAACAAUUGUGGUGAUGACUAUGGAGGAGCAAGUUCAACAGGGAGAAAGCAUUUGGGCAAACGACAUACUCGUUAUAACAGUAGUCAAGUUGAAAUAAUGGAAGAAUUUUUUAAGGUGUGCCAGCAUCCAGAUGAAAAGGAAAGACUAGAACUAAGCAAUAGACUGGGUCUGACGCCACAGCAAAUUAAAUUCUGGUUUCAGAACCGCCGCACCCAAGUGAAGGUUCAGCAGGAUCGUACUGUCAACGCUUUCUUGCAUACAGAAAACGAGAGGCUCCGAAUGGAUAUCCUGGCGCUACAACGUACACUUCAGGAUAUCAAGUGUCUAACCUGCGGAGGACCUGAUUUAAUGAAAGAGAUGGUUUUGAAUCAGCAAAAGUUGGCUAUACAAAAUCAGUAUUUAAAAGUGGAGGUUGCAAAACUGUCAGCAGUUGCCUCGAAUCGUAUUGGAAGAACAAUACCCUUGUUGGAAACCAGAGCAGAACAAUCACAGUUGAUGUAUUCUUCACACCAUGGAGCGGGUAGCUCAGGACAGAACCAGAUUACAUUGCCCACAGCAACUUGUGUUUCAAUGGAUGAAUCCUCGGCAAUGCAAGCUGCGGAAAAGGCCACUGAAGAAUUUAUCUGGAUGUUCCAGGCAAACGAGCCUAUUUGGGUGAAGAAACAUUCAGUGGAUGGUACCAUAGAAAUUUUGAAUCCGGAUGAGUUGUGCAGAUCAUUUCCACAGGGCAUGGGCCUCAGCAGUAACAUGAAGAGAGAAGGCAGCAGGGACACCUCAAUUGUUUCUAUGACAGGAGCCACAUUGGUCGAUAUCUUCAUGGAUGUGAAUAAAUGGAAGGAAAUGUUUUCAUUAAUUGUAACAAGAGCAGAGACCGUGCAAGUUCUUUCUCAAGGGGUUGGUGGUCAUAGAAAUGGUUUACUUCAAGAGAUGUAUGCUCAGCUACAGAUUUUGUCUCCUCUUGUCCCCACGAGACAUAUAUCUUUUUUCCGGUUUUCCCAGCAGCUGGGCAAUGGACUGUGGGCAGUGGUAGACUUUUCGGCCUCCGUUGGAUGGUAUCAUAAGCAUCCGUCUGGAUGUGUUAUACAAGAUAUGCCUAAUGGGUGUUCAAAGGUGACAUGGAUAGAACAGGCUGAAAGAUACGAGCAAGUAAUCAACAGUGAAAUGGCCUUUGGCGCCCAGCAUUGGCUGACAUGCUUGCAGAGGCAAUGCGACAGGUUUAAAGCUCUAGUGGAUUUCACCAGCCAAGGAGUUGGUACAGUUCUGGAGAGAAAUAUGAUAAGACUGGCGCAGAGCAUGGGAAGUCAAUUUGUUGCAAAUAUAAGUGCACUCUCACAAUCCAGCAAUGACCCUAUUAAAAUCAUAACAAGAAGAGCUUCUGAAGUGGGACAAUCCAGUGGUGCUGUUGUCUGUUUUGGAGCUUCAAUCAAGCUUUCUAUCUCCCCAAAAGCACUGUUUGAUUUUCUUUGUGAUGAGAAAAUCAGAUCACAGAACAAUAUACUAUCAUGUGGAGUUUGGGAGAAACUCAGAAACUUUGGAAGUGGGUCAGAAAACUCCAUUUCAUUGUUUGAUGUUCACACUGGAGGCAAGACAGAGAAGAUGCUGAAACAGAGUUACAGAGAUGCACCGGGGUCUUUUUGUGUGUAUGCAGCCAUAGAUGUUGAUGCCCUCAACAGUAGAGAUGCUUCUUCAUUACACAUUGCCUCUCAUCAUGGAUUUGCAGUACUACCAUAUCAUACUACACCUGCCGGUAAUUCACUUAUACCAACCAGUAUAUUUCAUAAGGCAGCCUCAGCCACCAGCCCCUACAGUGGAAGCUCAGUACUGACAGUAAAUAUUCAAGAAUUUGAGACACAGAUGUCCAACUGCAGUCCGAGCGCUGAAUAUGUUCAGCGUCUCCAUGGUAUUAUAAAUAAUACCAUCCAAAGAAUAAAAGAUUACUUUGGUUGUGUAGAUGAUUGAGUCCUCAAAUCGCAACACGGUCUAAGGAAUAUAUCAUUGUCCUUUAAGAGAAGCGGAUUUGAUUCAAACCCACAAAGACUAAAAUAUGUUUAUUUUGACGACACAAUUCAAAUUUCCAUGGUUGCUAAAAUGGGCGUGCCUAUGAGUUGAUUUAAAGAAAUUGUAAGGCUUGACCACUGAGUUAGAUAUGAGUUUUGGGUGAAUUUGGGCUCCUGAUAUAUAUGUCUCCUCUGGACAGAAAUCUGUGCUUCUAUGUACUAUGUAGUAACUGAAAUAGCUUAUAUGUCUCCUCUGCACAGAGCUCUGUGCAACUAGGUUGCCUUCCUUUGUUUCUAUCAUACUUCACAUAUAUAACACUGAUUGCUGACGUAUGGCCCUGUGAUCAGUCCCUGACCAAAUAAUGUUCACUUUUCUUUCUGCAAUCAAUUUAUUGCAACUGUU